CACCGUUGCUGAAUGUGAACAGUGGAGGAUGACAAUCCACAACGCAAACUGAUGGCGAGCUCUCUGAUAAUUACAACAACAUAAUCCUAACAUGGAACACCUUCCACACCUCUCACCUUGUUGAACUGUACCUUUCUGGCCAUCCCAAGCUCCUACUUCCAUCAAUCAACGUAGUUGCUGUCAGCCUGCAACCAUUCUGCCCGAGCUCGAAAACGAGACCUACACGCGAACCACAUCGUCCUUCCUCCCUGGCUAAGCUUGUUCAACCUUCAUAACUAGAAGCUUUGGAAAAUGGCACCGCCAACUGACCCGAACCGACGGCGCACUCCCGGUCGUCCAGUGACCCUGGGUGACCUUCAGAACUCCGGGUCGAGUGCCCCCCAAGCUCACUCUCAUGAUGACGGCGAUGACUCUGAUGACCAAGACUUCUUUGCUGGUGGGGAGAAAUCAGGUCUCGCUGUCCAGAACCCGAACAGUGGACCUAGCUCGCAACCAGGGUCGGGUCCCAACCGCUUCAUCAACAGCAUAAUCGAUCGCGCAAGACAGAAUGUUCCUCGGCCGGGUGGAGAGGAUGAGGUGCCGACGCAGAGCCGUUUCUCAGGACCGGGACAGACAUUAGGGGGCGACGAUGCACCCAGCGUCAUCAUUCCUGGCGCGGGCAGCUCGUCCUCCACUCCGCCACCUCGGGUCUUACGACGAAUGCAUCUGUGGCGCGACGGGUUCAGCAUCGACGAUGGAGCUCUAUACCGGUACGAUGAUCCGAACAACGCGGAGAUCUUGGAGAUGAUCAACUCGGGUCGCGCGCCGAUGAGCAUCCUGGACGUGCAGCAAGGGCAGGAGGUCAACUUGGAAGUCCACCCGCACCGGGAGGAAGAUUAUAAGCCGCCCACAAAGAAGUGGAAGCCUUUCGUAGGAGCGGGGAACCGACUGGGCAGUCCAGUGCCCGGCGCAGAAACCUCCUCCACAUCAACACCGACGCAGUCCGCCGAGGCCAGCGCUAGUUCUGCCAACCCACCCGCCAUCACCGUCGAUGAUUCCGUACCCGCAAUCACCCUCCAGAUUCGACUUGGUGACGGCACUUCGCUGCGGUCUCAAUUCAACACCACGCAUACAAUCGGGGACGUCUACAAUUUCGUGGAUGCCGCCGCAAGGGCGAACACGGAGCGGCCAUAUGUGCUGAUGACCACUUUCCCAAGUACGGAGCUGAAGGACAAGGCGGCGGUACUUGGCGACAUGGCCGAAUUCAAGAGGGGAGGGGUGGUCGUGCAGAGAUGGACUUGACCAGGUCCUAGUUCUUAUGAUUCUAGCCUCGCUCUUCAGCUACGCACGUCACUAGGUGGGAAGAUGCAUUUGGAAGAAAGGGGUGACGAAGUCACAGUGGCAAUAAAAAUGUACCCUGAUGGAGUGAUGAGGAAUGAGGAUGAAAUAGCCCUAAGUUGGCAUCCUUAGAGAGUGAAAUGAAAGGGAACAUCCAAGUAUGAAAGUAUUCCCCUCCUUAAAUGGUAAGACCAAAUGCUCUUGGUCUGUAACAAGUGCACGCAAUCAUCUGGGAUGGGUAGUUCUAACAUUCAGCACCAAGGCAAGCUGAUCCAUGAUUUCCAGUCAGUGGGAUAUUUGUUCUGGCUUGAAACAUCAUUCAUAUUCUGAGACCUCACUUCACUCCUUCGACUCC